GCUGCCCCGUCCCCUUCUCCGCUCUCACCCCCUACCUCUCAAUUCCGCCCGGCCAAGACCCAAGAAGACUCAAGGUCUUGGUGACAGGCACUUUUGGAGGAAACAAGUGCAACGAAGUAAGUUGUGACUUGCAUCAAUACUUCCAUCCGAAACCGGGAUAGAGGCUGACGGGAUCUUCGUCACUGCUUCCAGGCCGAAUCGCGUAUGUUCUGACCGGCCAACGGAAGUUGCGUGUAUCAGCAAGAUCGGGCGGCGGCAAUCCACAAUAUUUGUCUAGGUUUUUUUCACGCGUCCGAGAUCUAUAAUGGUAAAUGUACGGCAAUCAGCGCAACGGAAGCUUUUCAAUCCCUUCCGCGGGACAGUUUACCUUAAUCGCGGCGGAUAUGGCCACAUAUUUCGACUCGCCGACACCGGGAUUGUCGUGAAGAUUGCACACCGCAUCGUCAACAGCACCGCAAGCGAAGAGGCUAGGGCGGCUGAAAACCAAGAAAUAUUACGACGGGAGCGAACGUUAUACGAAGCACUCGCCAACAACCCCCCGCACCCGAACGUCGUCCAGUAUUUUUUAUCUACGGAUAUCGCCAUUUUCAUGAAGUUUGAGCCUGACAAUCUAGAGAGGCGACUUAGCCGUCGAUUCGCCGCUCCCAUUCCGGAGGAACGGCAAUUCCGCUGGAUCAAGGAAAUCGCAAGCGCUACGUCGUGGCUAGAAAGUAUUGACUACUUCCACGGCGACCUGCGACCAGAAAAUAUUCUGUUGGACGAAACUGAGCACGUCAAGAUUUGCGACUUUGGGCGGGCUCAAAUGCGGGGGCGCAAGGUUGAAGUAGCAACAUACCCUUUCUAUCGCCCGGGUAGGAAUGUAGUCGCCGGCCCCUCGCACGAACAAUUCGCCAUCGGCUCCUGCAUUUACACAAUCCGGACUGGAGAGGUGCCGUAUGGCCAGUGGGAGACCCCUGAGGGGUUCAAGAAUAUGUAUGCGGCCCUCGUCCGGGGGAAGUUCCCACCAACUGGAGAUGACGCCGUCCUUGGCCAUGUCGUCUCGUCUUGCUGGCACUCAAACUACGAGAGUAUGGAAGACGUGGAAGUAGCUAUCGAACUGGCUGUUGGUAUGAUGUGCGAGGAAGGUAGUGCUGUUUGUUUGUCUCUGGAGGAGCAGGACCUCUGUGUAAGGAAAUGUCAGGAAUUUCUCGUCCAGCAAGUGCAAAGCCACAAGAACAACGAGACGGUGUGAAUGAAAUCAUUUGUGGGUUCUCCCACAAGGUUUGUGUCGUGUUGAUAAAUAAGCGUGUUCUGCUGGAAUCUUUCCAUCUCUCCCGUCGUUUUCUUUCGCCGCUUCAGUGUACAUAGGUAGGUACCUAUCUACCUCCAUGUCGGUACAUACCUCCCUACCUACCUACCUAGGUACCAUACCUACCUAGGUGCCUAGGCACAUAGGUACGGAUAUAAUAGGGACAAUAAUACCCUAGUCUACGAACGCCUCGCCAGGAACGAGCGUACCUAACUGAAUGCCCUACCCUACUCGGCUGCGAUAUUCGGCAGUGCACGCUGCUGGGUAGCCUGUUGGGUGGGCCAGCCCAGGCGAGGAGAAUCCCCGUCCGAAAAGGGGAGGAUGGGCCGGCGGUGUGUCUCGAC